GUUUAGGGUUACAUAGCCAUUACCCACUCAAAUUAUUAUAGGUCAAAAUAUAUCACCUUUUACAAAUAUUAUAAAAGUCUACAUAAUGACAGCUAUGUUCCCUAGCCUUAAUAUGAAUUAUUCAUGGUGUAAAGUGCGGUGCUGAUGAAUAAAUAGUCUGAUGGCUAUUUCCUCUGCAUACCAUUUAGAUUCUGUGUGAAGUGUAAAAUGGCAACUGUCAACAUACAAUUAUCCCAAUUUAGUGAUUUAUGUAGACUAUGUGGCUCAAAAACAACAGUAUUGAUGGGUCUUCAUAUUUUCGAAAGAGAGGGAGACUUAAGACAAAUUUCCAAAAAAAUCAAAGCUUGUCUACCUGUACAAGUUAGCAGCUCUGACAAAUUGCCUAAAAUGAUCUGUGAAGAAUGUGUCUUUAAAUUGGACGAGAUGUUUGAGUUUAGAGAACGAAGUAUGAAAACUGAAUAUGAACUUAAUAACAUACUGAAGAAUGUUUUCACUCCUGUUUGUACAGAAUCUAUUGGCAUAACAAUUGAUACAUUUUGUGCAGCAGCAUCUACUGAGCACAGCGAAACUUUACAUGUUCAACCAACAGAGGUUGGAAUUGGUCUUGAUAAUAACAGCGAACAACUUGAUGCUAUAAUGAAUAUACCAUUAAACCAUCAUCCAAACAUGAUUAAAUGCGAGCCUGAAAUUAUUAUUAAACAUGACAGUAUUCAAUGUGCCAACAGUAAUUUGCAACGAACGCCAGAGGCAGAUUCUGAAGGAGAUUCUAUUGGUGCUGAAGCAGAACCAAAUGGAUCAUGCAAUAUGACUGAAGGGAUGAACAAUAAUCUGCAGAUGCAAGAGAUAAGGACCUUACAAAACAUUACUGAAAAUCCUAUGAAGGGUGGAGAAGUGCAGAAUACCAGAACAACAUAUAUUGUACCUAGCCCUGCUGAAGCUGUUCACCAGUCACAGCACCAAUCCCCACAAUGGUACUUUUGCAAUAUUUGUGGUAAGGCAUUUGAUAGCAGUGACACUUUUCAAGCUCAUUGUGAAGUACAUUGGAAAAAGUGUGCCGAGUGUGGAAUAUCUGUUGCAAAUGAUGAGGUACUUUUUGUCCAUAUGAGAGAUGUGCAUCCUUAUAUAGAUCGGGAACAGUUGAAUGUUGACAAUGGAGUAAAGAAAAAAUCUGAAGGCAAAAAGGAUUCAAAAGGUGAUAUGAAAGCAUGUACUGAGUGUGGAAAGGAAUACAAGACCAAUUACAAACUAGCUGAGCAUAUGCGGAAGCAUACUGGUGAAAAGCCUUAUAAGUGUUCAAUGUGUGACAAGGCAUUCAGAUCGAAGAUCGGACUUGCACAACACGAAGCAAAGCAUACAGGUCAUUUUGAUUACAAUUGUGGAACUUGUGGAAAAGGAUUUCAGUGUAAAUCCUAUUUGAUAGUUCAUCAAAGAGUCCAUAGCGACUUAAAACCAUAUCCUUGUGAAACUUGUGGACGUAAUUUUAAAACUAAGCAGAGUCUCCUCGAUCAUCAAAACCGUCAUCUGGGAUUGAAACCAUAUAUUUGUGAAACUUGUGGCCGAGGUUUUAUUACAAAAGGUCUUUGCAAAUCACAUCAAAAAGUUCAUUCUGGUUUAGAUAAUCGUCAAUAUCCUUGCACCGUGUGCAAUAAGCUGUUUGUUAGCAAAUCAUAUUUGGCUACCCAUUUGAGGAUCCAUACUGGAGAAAAGCCAUUUAUAUGUGAAGUUUGUGGAAAAGGUUUCUUAACUCGAGUUGAUCUACGUAUACAUUCUACAAUGCACACUGGCGAGAAGAGUUUUGUAUGCGAGAUGUGUGGUAAAGCAUUUGCAAGACGUGAUGCUUUAAGGUGCCAUAAACGCAGUCACACAGGUGAACGCCCUUACAAGUGUGAUAUCUGUGGACAGGGUUUCACUCAGUUUUCUCCAAUGGCCAUUCACAAAAGACUGCAUACUGGAGAGCGUCCGUAUCAAUGUGAUAUUUGUCUUAAAGCGUUUGUUUCUCGUUCCACGAUGAUGGCUCACCGCAAAAAGCAUACAACUUGACAUUCAGCCGACUCAGCUUCUCCACCAGUUAUGCCUGUCCCAAAUAACAAUGGUAAUUAAGAGAGUUAUGCUUCCUGAAUUUUCACUAUGAUUCUAUUGUUUGAUUUAUUUUCCUAAAAACUGUUUGAUAACGUGAUAUACACUUAUUCAUUUCAAAAAUAAUUAUAUGUUGUACUAUCUUUUUUGCAGUCAUAUUUUAAAAUUACUUCAUGUUUUUUAAGCUAUGCGGUUUCUCUUAUAUGGAAUACCCAAUAUUAUCAUUAUCUAAUAAAAUGCUAAAUCCAUAUAAAUUUGUGGAAUACUUUUGAAAAAACAUCUACCGGUUAUUUAAGAGUAUUUUUUUCAGGUGCAGAAGAAAUAGGUGAAACAUUUACUCAGGUUUUUGUUGUGACUGAGGGUGACAGCUAUACACCAGUGUCGCUCAUGGGCUCAGAACAUACUGCCACCUAAUGAAGGAGCUGAGUCUCUCGGAAUCUAUUGAAUCUCUUACCUUUGACUUUAAUUAAUUUAUUCUUUUUUUUAUUAGCAGAUGUGAUCAAUUGAUAUUAUUUUUUAGUUUUGCUUUCAUUAGAAAAAAAUGUUAUAGAAAGCAAAAUCUCAACAUUUUAAAAAUGGAACUUUUAAGUUGUAUUAAAGGUUUCUAAUAGUAUUUAUUUUUAAAUUAAAUUUUAUUUUUUUUUAAAGUUUGAUUAAGUUGUUGAUUGACUGUCAAAUUAUCAAGCUUAGAAAUACUAUACAUUAGUUACAAUGUGCUGAUUAGUACAUUGAAUAUGUGAUUAACGGAGAUCAAUUUGUAAUUUAUAGCUUUACAUGAUGUAGGAAGAGAAGUGAAACUAUAUCCACUCAUUUGUAAAUUAAUUAUGUGAUUUAUCUGAUAUGAAUUUGUAAUUCAUAGUUUUAUGGAAUGUAUAGAUAUGAGAAAAGUUACUAUAUACAGUCUGUUUGUACAAGAUUUAAGAAAGAAAAAAACUUUUUUAUAUUUGUCUUU